AUGCGUUGCCGUUUCUUUGUGUCGUGCAGGUUGAAGAUCGACGUGCUACAGCCGGUGGCAUCAUCCCGACUGGUGCUUCAUCCCACACAGGUCGUGCUAGCAGACAGCUAUUUGAUGAACUUCUGGGACCGUCCCGACAUGGCUCUGGGCCUCCACGUCUCGUCUUCCAGUGGCUCCAAAAGCCCUCCUUCGCCUGGCGAAGGAACUGCCGAGGAGCCCAGGCCGACGAGCGCGACUGGCCCCGUUUCAGCGCGAGACUACCUUGAACUUCAUGGUGUUUUAAAAUAUGUUCAGAGCAUGCUCACCGCCUUGAUUCAGACGAGACCACAGGAUCCGUACCUCUUCAUGCUGCAUCAGCUGAAGUCCGUGCGAGCCUAUGUGGCUCCGACGCGGGCUUCCGAAGAGCCGGCGCCAUGGGUGGAUGUUUGCCAGUUGAUGGGUGGCCGUUUGCAUCCUGGCACCGUCCUAGGAUGGGGCUUUGUUGAGUGCAAUGGUCAGGACAGCUUUUUGUACAAGAAAGAAUUGAAAGGCCAAUGUCCGUCGGCAGGCAACCAGGUGACCUUCACCGUGGAGACCUCUGAGAAGGGCACCGUGGCCACGGAGGUGAAAGUUGUGGUCCCGCCAGAUGAGGCCUUCUACUUUGGAGAGAUCAAACGCUUCAAUCCAGUGAAAGGUUACGGCUUCAUCUCCUGCGAAGCCUUCCCUGAUCAGGACGUCUUUGCGUUGAAGAGCGAGCUGCCGCAAGGCUUCGGACCUGAAGGUGGACAUUGCAAAUUCAAAGUCACCAAGGAAGAAAAGGGCCCAGCAGCGAAACAGAUCCAGUUAUUGGGGGCUGCGGGAAACCAAGCACAACAGAUGAAAGCUUGGAUGCCCGGCGAUUGCUUCAGGAGCACAACGAAUGAGCCCAUCCAGUGCCAGCACAACCCCCCGGGCAAAGAAUAUGUUUUCCAGUCUGUGUCAGCCCGGCGCACCAUGGCCCAGACACCACCAGAACUGGACUUUGGCGAUCUGACCGCUCGCCUGAAGCGACUGAGCGUCAAGGAGUCCGAAGACCCAAACGUGAUCCCCACCAUCAUGGCAAUGACUUUGAAGGAGCUCCAAGACGAGAAGAUCGAGUUUGGAAAGGCCAAAGCCAAGCACCCGCCCAUGGCGAUGAAUGCUCCGAUCGAGCUGGAUUCGGACGAAGAAGUGUGGGCUCAACUGCCUGCCGAGAACCAUGUGGAGAUGGAAGAGAUGCGAAGCCGCAUGGGCCAGAUGGAGAUUGUCCUCCAGGAAGUCCUCGAGAAAUGCUUGUGCUGCCCGGUUGGAUUGGACGAUAUUCCCAUCCCAGCGGAAUGGCUGACAGACACCCGCGAAACCCACGUGGAGACAUCACAAGGUCUCUCCUGGGUUCACCAGGACACCUUUGUGAACAAGAAGGAUUUGAAGGGCCACUGCCCAUCCAAAGGCCAUGGAACGGAAGGGGGCUCGAAGCUGGACACAGCGCAAGGAAACCAGGUAAAAUUUCAAAUUACUCAGACUGAGAAGGGCGCACAGGCCACGAAUGUGGAGGUCCUUGUGUCAGAAGAGGAGCAAUCCUACUUUGGAGAGAUCAAGGGCUUCAAUCCAUCCAAAGGUUAUGGCUUCAUUGCCUGCGAAGCCUUUCCAGACAAGGACAUUUUUGUGUUGAAAUCCGAAUUGCCGGGUGGAUUUGGUCCUCAGGGAGGGCUCUGUAAAUUUAAGGUGAGCCAGGAGGACAAGGGGCCUUCGGCCAAAGAUGUGAUGCUCUUGGGCUCAGCAGGUAACCAGGUGCAACAGAUGAAAGCAAUGGGCUACGGCUGGGGGAAGGGGGACUGGGGCAAAGGCUCCUAUGGCAAGGGCUGGGACUGGGGCAAGGGCGGCUUCCCUGGGUAUGGCUACGACAUGUGGAUGCCCAUGCAGAUGCCCGUCUGGGGGAAGGGCUUCAAGGGUUGGUGA